UAAUAUGCUUAAAAUCGCUUCAAACUAUUGUCAUUGUAGUGCAUAUUUAAUGUGGCACUGCAGUCUGAUGUUGUAGGAGAAAACAUUUAUUAAAAAGUAUUUAAUUAAGUAGAACGUGUUGUCUGUGGUUCCUCACACAUCGUCACAAAUGUCUGACCCCCCCACCCCCCUAGGUGCAUGAAGUCAUUUAUGGACGGCCCCUUACUCUAACUUUCUCACACUCUCUCCUAUCUCUCUCUAUUGCUCCCGCGCUCUCACUCGAUAUAUUCCACCUGCUCCCUCUCACUCUCUCUCCCUUUCCCUCCCUCUCACACGCUCCCUUUCUCGCACUCUCACUUACCUCCCUGUCUUUUGCUCCCUCACUCAGGGAUGCAGGGAGGGAGCAGGGAGGGUGACAGGGUUUACAUCUCCGAUGAGCGAGCUAAAGAAGUUCACAAUGCAGAGAGGGAGGAAAGGAGGCAUCUGUCUGGAGCGCUCCUCACCCUCUCACUCUCUCACAGUGCCACUGCUGCUGCUGCUGUUGCUACUGCGGUUCGCCCUCCUCCUGCUGCUGCUGCUGUGGCUCUCAGUCUGCGAGCUGUGCAGGGAUUUCUACCUGGGGGAGUGCUCCGUGCACGGCCCGCCAGAGUUCAUUGCAGACGCGGCCGUGGCCCCGGGAGUGGCCAACAGGGCCCGGCUCAGCCUGCCCCAGGGCCUCACCGUCGGCGCCUCCUCCAUCGCCGGCGCCGGCCUCGGGGUGUGGAGCAACAGGAAGAAGCUGCCCAAGGGGGUGAUUUUUGGGCCCUACCAGGGAGAGGUGUCUGAGGAGAACCCCGUGAGCGAGUACUGCUGGCUGAUUUACAAAAACAAAAAGGAUCGUGAAUAUGUUGAUGCUCAGGAUGAAUCUAAAUCAAACUGGAUGAGGUUCGUCAACUGCGCGAGGAAUGAGCAGGAGCAGAACCUGGUGGCCUUCCAGCACCGGGGGCAGAUUUACUACCGCACAUUCCGUGCCGUGGGGCCCGGCUCUGAGCUGCUGGUCUGGUACGGCGAGGAGUUCGCCCAGGAGCUGGGCAUCGCCUGCGAGGCCGGGCCCUCGCGACGCCGCAGCAGCAGCAGCAGCGAGAUGGCUCCUAGGGCCACCGCCAGAGACCUGCAGCCCGUGCAGCCUCCACCAAGCGAGGAACACCGUGAGCACUGCUCACCAGAGACUCACCACUGCUCACCAGACUAUAGCCACCACUCACCAGAGAUGAUAGCCACCACUCACCGUGUGCAAGAGUGUUCAUGUCUAGAUGUUGGUGUGUGCGCGUGUGUCUUGUUCCUCUGGGAUGACGCAGGUGGAGUGGGUGUGGAGGUCACAAGGCUGCCGUGUCCUGCCUGCAACCGUCAGUUCAUCUGCCGCUCGAGUCUACAGUAUCACGUGCAGAGCAGACACCCCACUAAGCCCAGUAACAAAAGUCAUCAGUGUGACCAAUGUCCAUACAGCACAGACUACAAGAGUACCUUGAAGAAGCACCAGAGAACACACACGGGAGAGAAGCCGUUCAAGUGCACCGUGUGUGAGAAGGCGUUUGCACGGCUAUCACAUCUUCACAGCCACCAGAGAACACACACGGGAGAGAAGCCGUUCAAGUGCACCGUGUGUGAGAAGGCAUUUGCACAUUUACAACAUCUUCACAGCCACCAGAGAACACACACGGGAGAGAAGCCGUUCAAGUGCACCGUGUGUGAGAAGGCAUUUGCACAUUUACAACAUCUUCAUAGCCACCAGAGAACACACACGGGAGAGAAGCCGUUCAAGUGCACUGUGUGUGAGAAGGCGUUUGCACAGCUAUCAGAUCUUCACAGGCACCAGAGAACACACACGGGAGAAAAGCCGUUCAAGUGCACCGUGUGUGAGAAGGUGUUUGCAGACCCAUCCAGUCUUUGCCGGCACCAGAGAACACACACCGGCCAGAAUGCAUUUUCUCAUUCCCGUGGAAACAGAAAAGUCAGCCAUCCUGAGCAAAACGCGCACAGCGCCGAGCUGUGAAUUAGUUUUAAACAACAGGCCACGUGACUAGCCGAGGCUGUGCCACUCUUGAAACUGAUUUUGAAUGUGAACACGGAAACCUACGGACCCUCCUACACCUGCCUCACACUCUGUGGGGGGUGGGAGAUUAAACCGACCUGGCCACCCCUCGAUUGCAAGUGCGGAGUUCUAGGUCCCAACCACUGCACGUGUCCCCCCCCACCCCCAUCACCUGGGGGUCCCUGUGUGUGUGAGUGUGCAGAGUCCCCCGUGCAGAGCUGCACUGUUGUUACCCUAGAGGGGGACACCGCAGGGCGAUCCACCUACAGAUACCCCAGUCUGCACGUCUCCCGCCGGUCUCCAUGCGCACCACGUGCCGUCUCGUAGCCCUGCCCCGUGCGACGUACGUACAGUACGUACAGUACGUACCCAUCCAGCGGUAGACUGAACCGCGGCCGAUGACGAAGGUGGCAUCCGCUCACAAAUCUCCGUGCACUCAGUCCCGUAGCCCUGAGCCAUCGCUUGCGCGAUAUUCACUUUGCCGCUGAGAGGAAAGCUACGGGGAGGAGGUGGGGGGGGGUGUUAGGAGAGGACAUCUGUGGAACGGCUGGAGAUCUGCGAAGAAGAGCUUCAUAGCUCAUCGGAUUCCUGCGGUCUGAAAAAAUAUUCCGAGAGGGCGUUGGGGGAGGGGGGUGUAGGUAUGAUUGGGGCAUCUGCACUUGGAUCACCCUGCGUGUUGUUGCUGCCUCCCCCGUUGAAAAUGUUCCCAGCGUGAACUUAACCCUUUGCCGUCGCGACGACGCCGCGCGCCGUGCGUGAACGUCGUCGUCGGAAUAACAAAACGCAGUAAAAACUAAAGCAACAUUAUCGGUACCGAGGCUCCCACAGGGCCACGCGGGGCAGGGAGUGUGGCACAGUUUUCGCGCCGGCUAGCGCAGAGUGGCGGCGGUCGUGUCGCUACGCUUCUCUGCGGUGAGCAACGACGUCUUUAUAACAACAACAGCAGUGCUGCUGCUGCUGCUGCCACUGCUGCGGUGAACGGUGACAGCCACCCCGUGACCUGUGACCCCCACCCCGUGAACGGUGACACCCACCCCGUGAACGGUGACACCCACCCCGUGAACGGUGACACCCCAUGGGUGGAAAAAACCCGAUUUUUCCAGCUGCAGGCAUCGGGUUUUUUCUUUAACACAAUUAAACCCGAUUUCGGGGAAUUAAAACCUGGUUUAAUGAAUACGAAACUCUGAUAGGCUUAGGCUGCUUCCUCGUCGGUGCUGCUAUGGUACUCGGGGCCGUCGGGCACGGGGUAGUCGUAGAAUGCGGCGGGCAGGUUGGUCUUAAUGAACACGAGCUUCUCCACAAUCGUGGGCGCCAGUGAGUUCCUUAGCUUGGAAUGGAUGAAGCCCAUCGUUGAGAAGUGCGGUUCUGCAAUUAGAACCAAUGAAACCGGAUUUCUCUCAAUCUUAGAUGAUCGGGUUUAAUAUAAAAAGACAAUUAAACCCGAUUGUAAAAAACCCGACUGUGCCACCCUUGUGACACCCACCCUGUGAACGGUGACACCCACCCCGUGAACGGUGACACCCACCGACCCUGCAACUCUGCAGACGUCUCGGACGCGGGAAAGGGUUGAGAGAUUUUCUGCGUCGUCCUGGUUGCUCGCGUGAUGUCGCACGGUGGUGGCGCGCGUUGACUCUUGCACGUUUAAGAAAGUUGAGCGUUAGUUUGUGAUUCUGUUUAAAAUGAUAUAUAUACAUACUUAAACUAACAAACAUUAUCUUGGGAUUCUACCAAGUAAGGUCCAACUGGAUACGUAGUAGCUCUUUUAUCAGACGCGACCACCUGGCCAUCACAAAUGAAAGCUCAACGAAGUGGCUUAUCAUUGUGUGGACAUUUAUAGCGGCCAAAUACUCUGAUUGCGUGAUCUCGAUUCUAAAUGUCGAGGGAAAACCGGAGGACCUGGAGAAAAUCCACACGACCACGGGGAGAGAGAGAGAGAGACGCGCAAACUCAAAAUAUACAGCAGGCGUCAGGGUCGGAAUCAAACACACGAUCUCCUGUAUACCAGGAGAGGUAGUUAACAUCUCCACAUGUGUUCAGAGUAUUUGGCUGCUGUAAAUGUCACGUGAUAAGCCACUUCGGUGCGCUGCUGUCAUUUGUGAUAGCCAGGUCGCUACUACACAGCUCAGUGGGGGCCUUACCUGGAAAAGUAAAAUGAUUAAUAAAAAUCUACUGUAUUCUUGGUUCUUUUGGUAAAGUCACGUAGAAGGGAAAUAAUAAAAUAAUAAAAAUGUAAGAAUCAAAUUAACACGACGUUUCGAUUGCAACACAA